AUGCUCCAAAGAAACCAAUCCAUGGUGGAAGAUCUUAUCCUGCUGGGCCUCUCCCAGACCAGAGAAAUCCAAUUUGCCCUCUUUCUCCUCUUUCUCCUCUUUUAUUGUGUGAUCCUGCCAGGAAACUUUUUCAUCAUCCUGACCAUCCAGAAAGAACCUCAGCUGAACUCUCCCAUGUACUUCUUCUUGGCCAACCUGGCUUUUCUGGACCUCUGCUACUGCUCCAUCACCCCUCCCAAGAUGCUGGCUGACUUCUUCUCCAGCCACAAGACUAUCUCCUAUAAGAGCUGCAUCCUCCAGAUCUUCUUUCUUCAUUUUUUAGGGGGCUCUGAGGCUAUCCUUCUCGUUGGCAUGGCCACUGAUCACUAUGUGGCCAUUUGUCACCCUUUGCACUACACCAGCCUCAUCAGCAAAGUGGUGUGCUAAAUUUUGGUCCUGACGUCCUGGUGUAUAGGAUUCAUGCAUUCUAUCAUCCAGGUAAUUCUUAUUUUCCCCCUGCCAUUCUGUGGGCCCAAUGAACUGAAUAUUUUUUUCUGUGAUGUCACUCAGAUCAUCAAGUUGGCUUGCACUGACACUGAUGCACUGGAAUACAUCAUGUUCUUCAACAGUGGCUUGGCCACCUUGAUGUGUUUCAUCCUUCCCCUCAUUUCCUAUGGGGUCUUGAGAGCAAAUUCCAACAAAGGGAAGAGUAAAGCUGUCUCUACAUGCAUCACCCACAUCAUCAUCAUCUUCAUCAUGUUUGGCCCAGCCAUCUACCUCUAUUGCCGUCCCUAACAAGAAUUCGCCUUUGAUAAGGUGGUGGCUGUUUUCCAUACAGUGAUCUUCUCCUUGAUGAACCCCAUUAUCUACACUUUGAGGAACAAGGAGAUCAAGCAAGCCAUACUGAAGUUGUUUGGCAAAAUUAAAGUUCAAAGCAGAUGA